AGCAUCAAUCACUCAAAAUGGACUACCAGAAUCGAGCAGGCUCCAAAUUCGGCGGUGGCGGUGUCGCAUCCCACUCUGCAACCAACGCAGACCGUCGCGAACGUCUGCGCCGCCUAGCCCUAGAAACCAUCGAUCUAGACAAGGAUCCUUACUUCCUCAAGAACCACCUGGGCAGCUUCGAAUGCCGUCUCUGCUUGACAGUCCACCAGAACGAUGGCUCCUAUCUCGCGCACACACAGGGUCGCAAGCAUCAGACGAAUCUCGCCCGCCGCGCGGCCAGGGAACAAAGAGAAGGGAAAAACCAAGAUCCGUCCAUGCUACCCGGUGCCAUGGGGGUGCAAGUGAAGAAGCAGAUGAUCAAGAUCGGUCGACCCGGUUACAAGAUCACCAAGAUCCGGGAUCCGUUGACUAGGCAGGUGGGAUUGUUGUUCCAGUUGCAGUAUCAGGAGAUCACGCCUGGGGUUCAGCCAAGGGUACGUUUCAUGUCUGCUUUUGAGCAGAAGGUGGAGGAGCCGCCGGAUAAGAACUUUCAGUAUCUCGUCGUGGCGGCAGAGCCGUAUCAGACGUGUGGUUUCAAGUUGCAGGCUAGGGAGAUCGAUCGGAGGGAAGGGAGAUACUGGACUUGGUUCGAUGAGGAUAGCAAGGAGUUUUGGAUCCAGAUCUUAUUUAAGACUGAGAGAGAGGAAAGAUUUAGUGGUGUUCCUGGUUUGGCUCCAGCUCCUUCUCGAGCUUGAAGGUCUAGUUCGAGGAGAUUAGUGAUCAUUGAUGUUAAGAGGUGAA